AUAAGUUCUCAAUUUACUUACCGUUUAUAUAUUGGGAUUAUCAUGAAAUCUAUUGUUCAAAGCUCUUUUAUCACAAUGCAAAAAGAAGUUAAAACUCUUCUAGAACAAGUUUCUAAUAAUGACUGGAAACUUAAAACAAUUUUACUUGAUAUUUGCAUGCUACCACAUCCCUAUACUGGUGAAGAGAUUAAUACACAAUUAUAUUCUACUUUAGAGACUUUUAAUAUUACUAAUAAAAUUCUCUGUGCUACUACUGAUGGCGGUUCUAAUAUAGUUUUGGCAAUGCAAUUAUUAAAAGAAAAUUUUGUUUUACAAAAUUUUCAAUUUAAUUUUCAACCUCAUCGUUGUUUGGCUCAUAUACUGAAUCUUAUUGUUACAACUGGCUUAUCGCCUAUUAAGUCAUCAAUUGAAAAAGUGCGCAACUUGGUCAAAACUAUCAUAUUAUCAUCAUCAUUAACACAAGAUUUCAAAGAACUUGGACAAUCAGUUGGUCAAGGCGAGACAACUUAUAAAAUUCUACAAGACAUUUCAACAAGAUGA